AUGUUGUCGGCAAUGUCGUUGCAAGGGUACUAUGCCUUUGUCUUGCUGUUGUUGCUCCCUGCAUCCGUGAAAGCGGAUUCUGGUGAUGAUUUUAGCAACAACCUCUUCUCAGACUUGGCUCCGUUGUUAGCCCUGUUUGGAGAGCGAGUCACCAUGCAAUUUCUCAGUCAAUCCAUGGGCUGGUCUGAUUGUAUCAUCCUGGCCAUGGCUCCGCUUGGCAUCAUCACCACCAUCGUUAGCGCCAUCCGGGUUGGUGGACCACCCUGGCUUAAAGCACUAAUAGGAAGGUCAAGGGAAAACACGUCGGCUGUGGAAAUGGAACUGAUGUCGUCUACGUCACACGAGACUUGUGAACUGUGGAACGGUAGCGAUGUAGUGCGAUGUCAAGGGCUAGCACCGGUAAAGGAAUUCUUCUGCCUGAUACCUAAGGGGGGAAUCGACAACACUACCUCAAUAAGGAUUAUGCGACUGAAAGAAGCAGUUGACAAAAAGUUGGUCCAAGAACAGAUCGAAGCUCCCAACAUCACACUGAAUCGCUGCCAUAAAGUUGAUCGGGGUCAUCUGCAUCUUGCAGCUGGCUUUGGUGUCAUACUACAGCUCGGAGUACUUGUAUACUUUGGGUUUAUCACCUACUUCCCAAGUUUGAGGUUCAAAAAAGACGAUAAAUAUGUCGAAGGCUAUGCUUUUCCCUUCUCGAGCGGUGGCACAAUCAUUCUAGUGCUUGGAAUGCUACUCUGUGCCCACGUUGUUGACCGAAGGACUGGAGAGACCAGAUACAAGCCGGUAGACAACUGGAAGACACAACUUGUCUGGCUACAGCCAAAACAAACCGUUAGUGACCAAGUCUUUGAGUCAUUCGCUUUGUAUCCGGAGAAGUGUCCACAUGUAAUCACGGUGUCGAGAAGGGAUGAAGACACAGGCACCCCAAAGGCACCCGAAAGUGGAAAAGGUCCACAGCAAUCAUCAAAACUGAAGCAGGUCGAAUCAACGAAUUUGUCUGUUGCAGCGACGGCGAUAUGUCUGGCUGGGUUUUUCAUUCAGUUCGUCGGGUUGCGGGCGAUGCAUUGGUCAGCGUCUGUUGGCCAGCUCAUCGCGGUGAUAAUCAUGGCCAUGAUCAGAGCCCUGGUUCGUCGAGGGUUCAUCGACACAAUUCAUAACCGUGAAUUAAGUGAAGGGUUCGAGCUCGACACGCUUGCCAUUGCUCUAGGGAGCUUGGGUCCUGAUUCACAUGUCAACUCUCAGCCCAGAGAGGACGUCUUCGAUUUCGGACUAUCGAAGGGUGGAGCAUGGAUAGUUCAGAUGAAUGAGGAUGGAAAUUGCAGAAAAGCAAUGGGAAAUAUCACCACAGCAGAACAAUCCGACACGACCGGGAUAUCAGACCAUAAUGGACUAGUUGUGGCCCGAGGGAACAACAAGGCCCAGGAAGUCAUGAACAUACGAAGGCAUCUGGGUCGACUAGCUAAUUGGCGAGGUACAGCAUCGAAAGAAGCCUCAUAUCUUGCAGCAGCUGUCGAGUCGACAAUGAAUAUGUUACAUCCGAUUACCAAGGCUAAUACGGCUCCUUCAAACGUCCCAAAUCCUUUCGAAUGGAUCCUUGAAGUGGAUUUGGGCAUAGAAAAACAUCAAAUUGCGUUACGUCUGGACUGUAAAGAAAUGCAGUGGGUCUCACAUGUCGACGAACUUGAGUCAGUGUUAUCGCUAUGGCUGUACUCAAUUGACGAGAAGCGGCAAACAUGGGCUGAAAAGUCAAACGUGUCUUUGAAUGCAUUGGAUAUGGAAGAUGAUGCUUGGCUUCGAAAGGCGAGCUCACAGGCAGUAGGAGGCCUUAUUCAACUGGGACAACUAACUGAUGAGCUUGACCGGGCUUUGCGUUGGUGGAUGCCAGCAGAUGCGCCCAAGCUGUGGGAGAUCCAACAAAGUUAUGCUGACAUAGAGCCCUGGCGAGUUGUAGGUACAAGGAGAUCAGACGAUUCAAACAAGAACUCUGCUGCCCACCAGCACCAGCCAUCCACUGAGACAACGCCCAUGGAGACCAACGUGGAGCAGGAUAGUAACCAGCUCAAGUGUCUGCAGCUUGUAUCGCACGACAGUUUGGAAAAGCUAUAUGCGAAGCAUAUAUUCCACGCCUUCAUCUGGGCAGCCAUUGAUAAGAUGAGCCAACCCAUUGAUGAAUGCUCAGUGAUGGAGCUAGUCAGAGCUUCAGAUUCCCGAGAAUGGUCCAAUUUUAGACUUCAUGGGGACAAUUUAUCAAAACUAGCACAGGUCAUUCAAAAGUCAGGUCUUGGUGACUUGCACUAUGCCUACUUUGCCAUUGUUCCGCCACUUCACUCACAAUCAAAACUCGGAGAGCUGAAUGCAAUCGUUGAAAUGAUUGUCAGCGAAGCAAAGCAAAGAGAAAGACUGCUAGACUGGAAGAAAGCAGGGGACGCGUAUCGACGUUUAUAUGAUCUGGCCAAAACAUUUCCCGAAGACAGCUAUCUCUACAAGAAAGCAGUGGCAAUGCUAGUUGAUUACAUUCGCGUGAUCACUAACUUGCCACUGGAUUACUUCGAUCAAGAUAUCAUCCGUCACGAUGAAGCAGUGGCGACAUACCGCCAAUUACGGUCAGUGCUAGAAGAGGGCCACACAGCAAUAUUAUUGAGUCUUCGUGAGCUUUAUUCCCGACAGUGUCGUGAUUGGAGCCACUCCAUUUUCGAUGCUGCAGCGAUGCAACAAGUAAAUAACGAAGGGAUGAAAGGCAUGGGGUUCACAGAGCUUCAUCAGCUGAUUGCGACUUGGCCCGACGACUCCAAUCAGGACUUGCCAGCCAUUUCAGAAAAGAACAUCAAUGCUCAAGACAUUCUAGGUUGGACGCCUCUUCAUUAUGCAGCAUUAAGAAAACGAGGAAAUUGGGUCAAGCAUUUGCUUCAAAAUGGUGCCAAUGCGAAUGCUGCCGAUAUUCGCGACUGGGUGCCACUACAUUAUGCUGUAUUGCAUGAUAGCUGGAGUGCGAUCGAGGAACUGUUUGAAGGAGGUGCUAACAUGAGGGCGAUAGGCGUUGACGGAAUAACGCCGUUACACCUUGCAGCCAUGGAGAACUCUUGGCUGAUCACAGAGAAAUUGCUCUCGCAUCCUAGUCAACCUGCGGAUCAACUGACAACAGAUAAUUUCGGCAGGGCUCCAAUUCAUCUUGCGAUUACUCAGAGAUACCCUGUGUCUAUUGUUGUUCGAUGCCUCAGUGCCAGUGUUGAGGUGAAGGACAGAGAAGGCAGGACACCGUUACACCUAGCUGCUUUACACGGAAACAUCGACGCCAUUAACUAUCUUGCCGAGAAAGGCGCAAAUCCUGAUCAACGUAUCUUAAACAAUGACGCGGAAACAGUCUUACAUUGGGCCUCCAGAGUAGGGAAAACUGAUAUCGUCAGUGAACUUAUUCGUUACGGGGCAACUGUCGACAUGAGGAAUGGUGCGAGUUUGACCCCUCUGCAUUAUGCAUCCCGUAGAGGACAUGCAGACAUAGUGGAUAUAUUGAUCAAGAAUGGUGCCAACGUCAAUGCAACAAACAAAUACGAUGAAACCCCGCUCUUGUAUGCAGCCGAAGGUGGGCAUAUGGAAAUCGUCAAGAUACUUACUGAAGAGGCAAAAAUUAAAUUGAAUAUCAGACGUACGUCUGACUCGAACAAAAACAACGCAAUGGAAGCAGCAAUCAUGGCAGGCCAUGCGGACAUAUUGCGAGUGCUUGUCGAAAGAGAUGCAACAAUCGAGAAGGAGACAAUACAAAUUGCCAGGAACAAGAAGACUGAGGUAGAAGAUCGGGUCGUCAUAAAGUUCCUUGAACAAGCGCUUUCAUUACAGAUCUGUUUUAGGGAACAUAUUGGAAAUGAGGGCGCCAGCAUCAUCUGGGCAGAAUUGGUAUCGCGACUUAUCAAAAAAGGCAACUGGAUUUCAUAG